CUAGUAAUCUAGUAUGCCAUCUAUAUUAAAGUCAAACUAUACGAUAAGUUUGUCACCAGCUCUCUGAAAUUUACCUACACAAAGAAGGCAAAGAAUUCCGAAUGGCUGAAGCAGUAGUGUCAAUUGUUGUGGCAAGGCUUACUGAUUUAUUGAUUGAAGAACCCCUGGCUCUUCAUGGACUUAAAGAUGAAAUUCAACAAGUGGUGAGCAAGCUCGAGUUGAUGAAGACAUUCUUACGAGAUGCAGAUUCAAGGAUAAGUGAGUAUGAAGUCCGGACUUUGGUUGCUGACAUACGAGCACUUGCUUAUGAUGCUGAACAUGUUGUGGAAAGCUUUAUUGUUAAACCUUCAUCCUCUGCAUGGAACAGAAGAAAACAAGCAGUCAAGAUCAAAAAUAUACAAAGCAAGAUGUCUCUCCUCUCUGAUAGCAUUCGUGAUAAUAAUAUUAAAUCAACAUCAGAAUCAUCAAAUUCAUCGUCUCAAGCACCUGGAAAGCUAAAGCGAUUUCACUCUUUCAAAACCCUUGAGCCAGAGAUAUUUGUUGGAUUUCAUGGAGACGUUGAUCGACUUGUGGGACAUUUGGUGAAUGAAAGUGAUGAUCGUUACCCGCUUAUCUCUAUUUGUGGAAUGGGAGGUCUAGGUAAGACAACUCUGGCUCAGAAAAUAUAUAAUCAUCCAACCAUUAAAGCAUCCUUUGCUGGUUUAGCCUGGGUUUCCAUUUCGCAGGAGUGGCAAACGAAACUUGUGUUGCAGAGAAUACUGAUAUGUCUCAUCCAUGAAAAGAAAGAGGAAAUACUUACUUGGGACGAUGACAAGUUAGUGGAGAAUCUGCUAGAAGUUCAGCAGAGGAAAAAAUGCUUGAUAGUCCUUGAUGACAUAUGGACUACUGAUGCUUGGGAUUCUAUAAAAUCGGCCUUCACAACUAAAACUUCUGUGAGCAAAUUAAUGCUUACCAGCCGUAAUGCAGAGGUUGCUGAGCAUGUAAAUCGAGAAGGAUUUAUAUACCAACCAGAAUGCCUAAAUGAAGAACAAAGUUGGGAGCUACUUAAGUUGAAAGCAGUUCCCAGAGGAUAUCAUCUAGAUUCCAGAAAUAUUUUUACAGUGAUGGAAAAAUUGGGAAGAGAAAUGGUUAAAAAAUGUGCCGGUCUUCCACUAGCUAUAGUCAUUUUAGGCGGUAUUCUAGUAACAAAACCGUCAGUGAUGGAGUGGGAGAAGGUAUAUGCUGAUAGCUUAUGGUCCCUGGAGAAGGGAAAAGGAUUGGGAGAAGAUCAGCAAAGACAAUUAUUUCAUGUUCUAGUCUGGAGUUACAAUGAUUUACCCCCACAAUUAAAGCCAUGUUUUCUGUAUUUAGGUAAAUUUGGUGAAGAUGAACAGAUAGAAGCAGAGACUCUAUAUCAGUUAUGGAUUGCAGAAGGGUUGGUACUGUCGACUGAUAAAAGGGAAGGAGAGACAAUGAUGCAAGUAGCUGAAUCGUAUAUGGGGGAACUGGUACAUAGGAGUAUGGUUCAAGUGAGAUAUGAAGAUAUGGGAAACUCGCAUACAAAGAUAAAAUCUGCCUCUCUUCAUGACCUUAUGAGAGACCUAUCUCUGUCCAGAGCAAUAGCAGAAGGAUUUUUUGAAGUUCUUGAUCUUCGAAAAAGAAAUGAUUUUCAUCUCAAUCCUUCAGCAGAUUUGAGGUCGGUUGACACUCGACAACUUGUAGUUUAUUAUCAUAAGAAACAUAUAACCAAACAAAUUAAAUCCUACUUUGUCAAGAAAUUCAAGCAACAACAGUAUCGAUCAAUGUUACUGUUCAGUAACGGUGUAUACACUUCCUUAACGUACCCACUUUUGCCGAAAGUAGUGGGGUCACAUGUUGCCAAUUUCAGGUUCCUAAGAGUUUUUUCCAUGGAAAAUGCAGCAGUAGAUGGUAUAAUUUAUCCUAGAAGUUUUGUGAGAGCAUUAGGAAGCCUUGUGUACUUGAGAUAUCUUAGUGUGAGAAAUGUUUCUUUGUCACUGAUUCCAUCAAUACAGAACAUGGUGCUACUCCAAACUCUCAAAUUAGAUGUAUCCAGUUCUCUAUUAUUCAGGCGUAUAUCUAUUCCAUCUUGGUUUUCAAGAAAUAUUCUGGGCAAGCUGGGUCAUUUGCGGCACUUAUUCUUACCUCAUACUAAUCGUGUUUUUUAUGAUAAUCAAAAGUUAUGUUUUGAUGGGCUUGGCAAGUUAGAGAUAUUGGAGAACUUCAGUAAUCAGUGGUGUGAGCCUAAGGAUCUUCCCAAACUAAUCAAUCUUCAGAAACUAACAUUAGAAGUAGUCAGUGUUCAUGAUGAUGUUGAAGAGACCAUGAAAAAUCUGGCAGCAUUAGCCUUGUCAUCAUCUUCAAAUCUCCGGUACUUAGGACUUUCUCUUAUUCUAUGUGAUCAACGGGGAGAUAAAGUGAGACAGUUGUUUAGGGAUUAUAAUUCCAUCCUUCAGAAAUUAUUCAUAUGUGGUCACCUUGCAGAAUUGGCUCAGUUAUUUGAGAACCCACCUCUGAAUAUUAAUAAUCAUGUUGAAGAAUCUUCAAUUUGUAUCACUUCCUUGAAGUUAGAUUCAUCGUUCCUGGCAGAUGACCCAAUGCCAGUACUGGAGAAGAUUCAUACGCUUCGUAAUCUCCAUUUAUCCUCCUUCACAUUCCUGGGGAAGGAGAUGGUGUGCUCGUCCAUGGGUUUCCCCAAACUCACCAGUCUUCAACUUAACGGCCUCCCCAACUUGGUGAAAUGGAAUAUAGAGGAAGGCAGCAUGUCCGUUCUCACCUACUUAAACAUUACUAGUUGUUGGAGGUUAGAGGAGCUUCCCGAAGGUAUGAUAUCUCUCACUUCCCUUCGGUGUUUAAGGUUAAACUUUAUGCCUACAGAUUUCAUACAUAAACUCCGCAAGGUGAAUGGCCAACAAGGACAUGACUUCUACAGAGUUGCUCAUGUUCCUGACUUUGCUAUUCACAAUGGGACUGUCUGGCAAUAUGUAGAAUAAGCAGAGUCCCAAAACCUGUUAAUUUCCUAUUUUUCAUUACUCAUAAAUGGGCUUUCUUCUUUAA